AUGAGCUCGAUCCCUCCCAAGUCAGGCCUUCAACCUCAAGGACAGAGCACCUCGAACCAGGCCGCUUCGCACGCUUCCUCCCCAUCGCUCAGUGGGACAUCCUCCCCCCUGCCUGCCUCGACCAGGUCCUACGCAAACGCGACCAAAAAGUCCGCGACGGACUCGACCGCCGCUCCCGUCACCGUGGGCGGUUCACCACACCAUGGGAAGUCGACCUCAGAAUCUCCUGUGAGCGGCAAACCCAUGCAGCAAUCUCAGUCCUCCGGCGUCACUAUUGUCAAUGGCGCCCCGGCCCAGGCUCCCUCGCAAGGCGACCACUCCCGCAAGCCCUCCGUGACCAUCACCUCCGCUGGUACCUCCGGUUAUAUUCCCAACGGGGGCCCCAACAGUCGCCCCAAUAGCUUGCAGUUUGGUUUCGCCGCCAACCAGCAGACCUCCCCCAAUAUGGGAAACCCUGCGGUUCUGGCGAGCCAGCCUCAGCCCGGUUUGGCCGUCACCCCGACUAUGAACCCCCGUGUCACCUCGCCCCAGACUUCGCCCUCGCCCAUCCCCCAGCCCGCCUCGAGCGGUGGCCGGCCACCGCCGUCGUCUUACCAGUCUCAGGGUAACGUUCCGAACUUUGGUAGCUUCGGUGAAGCAGGCGACAACCAGCAGAUGCGCCCGAAUGCUCAGGCCCCCCUUGGUCCCGGACCUCAGUCGACUCAUCUGCGACGCGAAUCGUCUCAGUCGACACACAGUGACAUGAGUAACCACAUGGGUAGCGGUCCGGGAGGACGCGGUGGCUAUUCCCACCAGGGCGGUCGUGGUCGCGGGUACUCCCAGUCGGGAGGCUAUCAAGGCCAGAUGCCUUACUCCCCCAACCCCAGCUUCCGCACGCCUAACCAGCCUCGCGGUGGUCACCAGAUGGGUCCGCAGUUCCACGGCCCUAAUCAAGGUCGCCCGCUGGGCUCUUUCCCCCACUCGCCGCAGGCUAAUCGCAGCCCUGCGUUAGCCAGCGCUCAUCCGGCGACGCCCCAGAUGAACCAGGUCCCCAUGGUGCCUCCGCAGAUGCCUCCCCAGCCCUACAGCAACUACGGCCCCCAUAUGGGCCCGCAACCUGUGAGGACCCAUUAUUCCCAGAAACCCUUUCGUCGUGGCCCAUUCCCGCAUAAGAAGAAGCAAGCACAGCACGUGUUACAAUCCCCCAAUUUGCAUUUGCCCCCUGCUAGCAUGCGUCUCCCUCCUCUACCUCCUCCUAAUCUAGCGCCCGAGAGUGGUCAAUUCGAGCAAUAUCUAACGCUGAUGAAAUCCAACCAGUAUCCGUACGACGGGAACUACGCCUACUACAACCAGGGCUACCCCAUGCAACAGUACAUUCCCCCGUCGUCGCCGCAGACGCGCCCCGGUAUGCCCUACAACCCGCAGCAGCCCGGCUACAUCCAGCCCCAGUUCCCCGUGCAGCCCCAGCCUCAGGCCACUGGCCUGUCCCGGAGCCCCUCGCAGGUUUCCAACGACCGACCCGGCUCCAGCCUCGGUCAGGGACAGCCUCCCGCUGGUCCCCAAGCGCCGACCCACGCCCACACCGCCAGCCGUCCUUCGAAUAGCCCGGCUCCCACUGGUAAGCCUAACUUCGUCAUCCCCGCUAAGAAGAGUUCGAUCGUCAUCAAGGACCCCGGCAGCGGCGUCAUCAAGCACUUCGAAAAGACGCCCGCUUCGCCUGCGCGCGCUACUCCUUCACCUGUCAAAAUGGCCACGCCUACGGCGACUCCCCCUCCUCGCACCGGUAGCGGAACCGACCACACCCGAUCCGACUCCAAGAGCGUUAAGACGGACGAGGAGAAGAAGCAGGAGCUGAAGGACGCUGUGCGCCAGAAGAUCGAGCAGGACGAGGCGGAUCAGCGCCGCAAGGCCGAGGAAGAGGAGCUCGCAGCCAAGCAGAAGAAGGAGGCGGAAGAGGCCGCCCGCAAGAAGGAAGAAGAGGAGGCUGCCCGCAAGCAGAAGGAGGCGGAAGAGGCCGCUCAGAAGAAGGCCGCCGAGGAGGAAGCCGCCCGAAAGGGUCUCGAGGAUCUCAGUCUCAAGGACAAGAAGGAGGACUCCAAGCCCGCCGCGGCCCCUGCAGACGACGAGGAUGACAUCGAUUACGAUGCCCUGGAGGCCGAAAUGGCCGAACUCGAGGCUAAGGAGGCUGCCGCCGAAGCGGCUUACUACGCCAAGAAGCAGGCGGAGAAGGAGGAGAAGGAGCGCAAGGAACGCGAAGAGGCCGAAGCCUACGAGGCGAACAUGAAGAGUGCCGAGCGCGAGGCCGAGGCACUGGAAGAGGCUAAGAUGAAGAAGCAGCAGGCGGGUGAGCAGGAUGACAGUAGCAAGGACCUGUUCGCUUCCCUGAAGAAGGGUGGAUUCCCUGCCACGCAGAGCAGCACGCCCGCCGAGAGCGGCACCGCUACUCCCGCUUCGGAUGCUUCCAUGGGCCCUCCCGCGAAGCCCAGUCUCGCCAAGCAGAAGCCGGCUGCGCUGAAGCUGGAAACCAACAAGGCCGUCGAGCCGCCCCAGCCCAGCGCUGCAAUGAAGGCUCUGCACUCCGCUCGUUUGAUUGACGACCUGAGCAAGAUCACCUACCCCGCCUCCAUUGUGUCCCCCAACCCGGCCCUGAAUGCCAGCGCUCCCGCCGACCGCAAGUUCCACUACAACAAGGAGUUCUUGCUGCAGUUCCAGUCCGUGUUCAAGGAGAAGCCUUCCAUCGACUGGGACUCGCGGGUCCGUGAGACGGUGGGAGAUAGCGACUCGUCGCGUCCCCAGUCCGCUCGUACCCCCAUGAUGGGUGGCCGCAACAGCUCGCGUGGCGGUGUCGGCCAGGGAUUCGACAUGGGUAAGUUUGGUCAGCCUGCUGCGCGCCAGAGUCUGCCUCCCGGCUCGACCUCUGAGCAGCGGUUUGCUCUGGCAAACGCUGCUCGCACCGCCUCCGUGGGUAACCCCUUCGGUCAGUUUGGCCGUCCCGGUAUGGGCAUGUCUCCUUCUCUCAGCCGAACCAACUCCGCCAACGCCAUGCACCCCGGAAUGCCCUCCUCGCCGCGCAUGUCGAGCAACCGCUCGAACACCCGAACCGGCAGCAAGCGUGACAAGCACCAGGCCAAGAAGGAAGAAGAGAUGCUCAAGACGAUGCCGCUCACGGCCGGAAAGGAGGUCCAAGCUCUUCAGGUCUCCACCACCGGCUGGAAGCCUCGCAGCGUGGGACAAUCUGCCACUGCCGGUCCUACUCCUGGCGGCGGUACUCACAUGCCUCCCGAUAUGGUGCAGCGUAAGGUCAAGGCUGCUCUGAACAAGAUGACCCCUGAAAACUUCGAAAAGAUUGCCGGUCAGAUUCUUGAAAUCGUGUCCCAGUCUAAGGACGAGUCCGACGGACGGACGCUGCGACAAGUCAUCCAGCUCACCUUCGAGAAGGCCACCGACGAGGCUCACUGGGCCUCGAUCUAUGCUAAGUUCUGCAAGCGUAUGCUUGAGAGCAUGAGCAUGGACAUCAAGGACGAGAACAUCCGUGACAAGAACGGUAACGUCGUCGCCGGUGGUAGCUUGUUCCGUAAGUAUCUCCUCAACCGCUGCCAGGAAGAGUUCGAGCGUGGCUGGAAGGUCAACCUGCCUGAGAAGCCCGAGGGUCAGACGGAGGAGGCUGCUAUGAUGUCGGACGAGUACUACAAGGCUGCCGCCGCCAAGCGUCGUGGGUUGGGUCUUGUUAAGUUCAUCGGUGAACUGUACAAGCUGGGCAUGCUUACGGAACGUAUCAUGCACGAGUGUGUCAAGAAACUGGUGGACUAUGAGGGUGUGCCUGACGAGGCCGAGGUCGAGAGUUUGACCAGUCUCCUGCGCACCAUCGGUGCCAGUCUUGAUACUUCUGAGAAGGGUCACGCUAUGAUGGAUGCCUACUUCCAUCGCAUCAACCUGAUGGUCCAGACUCCUAACCUGCCCAGCCGAAUGCGUUUCAUGCUUAUGGAUAUCAUUGAUCUGCGUAACGGCCGCUGGCAGUCCAAGGAUGCCGACAAGGGCCCCAAGACCAUUCAACAGAUUCGUGAAGAGGCUGCUCGCGCUCAGCAAGAGGCCGAAAUGGAGCGUCUUCGCCAGCAAGCUUCUCGCGGCGGUCGUCCCAACAUGGGCCGUGGCGAUUCUCGUAACUUCUCGGGCGGUUACGGUAACCAGGCUCCUCCUCCGGACUACGCGUCCAGCAAGGUCGGCAGUGACGAUCUCCGUCGUCUGCGGACCACCCGCAACACCAACCAGCCCAUGUCUUUUGGCCCCUCGAGCAUGCUCGGCUCUCGAAGCAACAGUGGCCGGAAGAACCUUGGCCCCGGAGGCAACCUGGUCCGUGGCAGUGACGACAGCGCUGCUAGCAGCCGAAACGGAACCUCUGGCAAGAAGGAGGACAAGGAGGCCGCUUCGUCGAUGAACGCGUUCAGCGCCCUGGCUAGUCUUGAAGACCGGGACAACAUGGCCACCUCUCCUCCCUCGAACCCCACCUCUCCUCAGUUGACCAAGUCGCAGCCGGCGACUGAACGUCGACCCUCCAAGGCCGAAGAGGCUCAAUAG